AUCGCCGGAAUGGGGUCAUUCGUAGAGUCCAUGGCUGGAUAACGUUAAAAUUCCAGCGAGGAACGCGAGGCAGCGGGGGCUGUUCUUGAACGCGGAGCCCACGCCCAUUGUUAAAGGCGCCUGGCUCCCUCUUCCCAGCGAGAGACGCAUCAAGGGGGAGAGCGCGGGAUGUGUGCCGCGCUAGCGAAGCUGUGAUUGGCUGCAAGUGAAGCUCCCAUUCCCCACCCCAGCCAAGACUAUCUGAGCUGGCUUUCAGUCUGAGGAAUACUCUAUACUGUAUGCAUACGUAGCAUGGAGGCUUCCAAAAAGCCAGUUCUUUACACUUACUUCCGAAGCUCCUGCUCCUGGAGAGUGCGAAUCGCAUUGGCUCUGAAGGGAAUCGCCUAUGAACAAGUAUCCAUAAAUCUUGUGAAGGAUGGAGGGCAGCAGAUGACUUCAGACUUUCAAAAAGUGAAUCCAAUGCAGCAAGUUCCUGUCAUCAAAAUCGAUGGCAUCACCCUCUCCCAGUCCCUAGCCAUCAUAGAGUAUCUGGAGGACACCCAGCCCCUCCCAAGGCUCCUUCCGCAGGAUCCAAAGAAAAGAGCUCUGGUCCGGAUGAUCUCAAAUCUUAUUGCUUCUGGAAUUCAGCCACUACAGAAUCUGGAAGUUCUGCAGCAGAUGGGAGAGAAAAAACUAGGUUGGGCACCACACAUCAUUUCUCGAGGCUUCAAAGCUUUGGAACAGAUCCUGCAGGAAACAGCUGGCCGCUACUGUGUUGGGGAUGAGGUGACCAUGGCAGACCUUUGCUUGGUCCCCCAGGUAUACAAUGCUGAGAGAUUUAAAGUGGAUAUGACUCCUUAUCCCAUAAUACGCAGAAUCAACAAGGCUCUCCUAGAAUUGGAAGCAUUUCAAAACAGCCAUCCUACCCGGCAGCCAGAUGCUCCUCCAGAACUAAGAUCCUAAAACUGUUCAAUUGCUUGUUUUACUGUGGGAAAUUUGAUCAAAAAUUAAAUGGGACUCUUUUUAAAACUUG